AUGACAAUUUCAAUCAUUUUAUUACUGUUGAUUAUUGUUGUAUUAUUUGAACAUAUCUCAACUUUUUACUUACCUAAUGGACUUGUACACAAAGGAAAAAUAUUUAAAACUGAAGAUUAUCCGUACGUAAUGUUUAUUCGAUUUUGGACUAAACCCAACAAGUAUUUUAAUAAGUGCACAGGUACAUUAGUGAAAAAAAUGUUCGUACUGACAGCUGCUCACUGUUGUCAUCAAAAAAAUAAAAGUUUAAUAGAAGUAUAUCAAGGAUCGCCUCUAGUUGAUAACCCUAAGAUUCACAAGGUUGUCAAAAUGACUCAACACCCGGAUUAUGAUCCGAACAAAAAUGCUCUUGGCCCACGGGGGGACCUUUGUGUGUUACAACUAGAAAAAGCCUUUCCAAAUAUCAAGACCUUUUCAAAAAUUGGUGGCUCGCCUACAGAUUUUGAAAAAAAAAAGUUGAUUUGUACAAUGAUUGGAUUUGGUAAAACUGGAGAUAAUACAACAACAGGUGAUUCAGGAUAUAUUAUGACCAAUGCUGUAGGAUAUGGUGAAACAGCUUGUGAAUUACACGAAACUCAAGAAAUAAAACAAUCAUGGAAUCAAUAUUUAUGUCUGGAACCAAACGGUUAUUCAACGACAUGUGAAGGGGAUAGUGGAGGUCCGAUGAUUUGUAACGGAAUGCAAUAUGGAGUAUGCAGUUUUGGAUUUCCCUAUACUGGUGGUCCAAAAGGAUGUGGCCUUCCUAACCAGCAGGAAAUUUACUCGUUCAUAUACGCUUAUAAAGACUGGUUAAACAAUAUAAUAGAACCAAAUAAAAAGAAAAAGAAGAAGAAACGAAAUUCUGGGAAUUUACUUAAGCCACAUCCUACAUUGCAUAUUACUUUAUUAAUAUUAUUGUAUGAUAUUAUGUUGACUUUUAUUUAA